AGCUGCUCCUGUUGGCACGCACUGCUCCAGCUGGGGAUGCUGUGGGCUGGAGGGAUGAGGCUGGGGACGGCCAGGAUCUUGCUGAUGCUCGUCCAUGCAGCAGCAGCCUGUGAGUUCGGGCCAAUGCCAUACAGCGUCACUGGGAUCGUCUUCAGGAUGACCAAGCCGGCAGCAUUGCUGUUGAACCAGGAGACAGCGCGGCUCAUCCAAGCGGCGUUCAAGAACGCCAAAUUCCCAAACAUCACCGGGGAACGGUCCAUGCGGUUCCUGGGCACGGUGGCUUACACACUGGCCAACAUCCAGGUCAGCGACUUGUCCAUAGAGCAGAGUGAGGUGGAGCUCAAGGAGAAUGAUGCCAUUGAUAUAGCCAUCAAAAAUGUGACAGCCUUCUUCAGAGGGACCCUGACUUAUGGCUACGCGGGGGCCUGGUUCCUGCAGCUCUUUCACUCGGUUGAUUUUGAAAUUCAGUCUUCCAUCGACCUCCAGAUAAACAUAAAACUGUUGUGCCAGGAGGAGCAGGUGGCUGCCGAUGCCUCGGACUGCUAUCUGUCCUUCCACAAGCUGAUGCUGCACCUCCAAGGAGACAAGGAGCCGGGCUGGCUGAAGCAGCUCUUCACUGAUUUCAUCUCCUUCACCUUGAAGUUUGUGCUCAAGAGAGAGUUGUGCAAAGAAAUAAAUCUCCUUGCCCAGGUGAUGGCAAACUUUGUCCACAACGUAGCAGAAAAUUUUGUCCAAGAUGAGGCCAUUGGACUUGAUAUCUCCCUUGCAUCAGAUCCGUUAAUUAAAGCAAAUUAUCUAGAAUCACACCACAAGGGCCUCGUCCUGUACAAGAACUACUCUGACGUCCUCAGCAACUCUGUUUUCUCUCCAUCGCUGCUGUCUGAAUCCCGAAUGCUGUACUUCUGGAUAUCCGAACACAUCCUCAACUCCCUGGCUUCGGCGGCUUUCCUAGAUGGACGCCUGGUGCUGGCCAUCAGAGGGGAGAAGCUGCAGGCGCUGUUUGAAUUUGAAGACACAGAAGCACAACAGAAGGCAGUGCAUUUGAUUUUCCAAGGCAACUCCUACAAUGAUUCUGUGGCUAAGGUGUGGAGUCUCGCCCUUCCUGAGAUCUCUCUCCAGCCUGAAGGGACAGUUGUGAAGUCGUUGGUAGCAGUGGAGAUCAGCAUCUUUCCCCCGGGAGAAGAGCCCUUGACAGCUCUAUACAUGGAGGAGGAAAUCACGGUCACUAUCCAAGCUGCCUAUGUGGAAAAGAAACUCAUUUUGCGCCCUGUGGAUUCCCAGAUAGAGUUUAAAGUCUUUAACUGCACAGCUGAUCCAAGUGGAAAUGACCAGUCCGUAAGAAACUUCCUGCAGAAGAUGAUCUCAGCUGUUGGGAUCCCAGAAGUGAUUUCAAAGAUCGAACCAGCUUUGACCUCACUGAUGAACAGCAAAGGGCUUCAUUUAUUUGAGAUUAAAAAUCCUGAGAUCAUCACAAGAAAGAGAUACCUAAUUGUACAGCUUGACUUUAGCUUCCCCAAUCACUUGCUGCUUGAUUUUCUCGAGAAAACACUGUAGAGCCGGUCUCUUUGUACAAGCAGAUUGGGCAUGAAGCAAAAUACAGGCUGGUUUGAAUCAGCUUCUGCUGGGUUCUGUUUUACUUUCCUGAGAAGUGCUGAAGUUCCUGUGCAGUUGUAUCUCCACUGAGACUUUUCUCUGCAAAGACCUUGGUACCUUCAUACCUCUGCUAUGCCAGGACCUUUAAAGGAGAUCCCAAGGAGCUUGCAAGUAAGGGUUGUAUUCCUGAAGGCUGUGGACGCUGGGUUAAUGCUGGGAGCUAGCAGAACAAGGCUUGGCCCAUCUUUUGGCCUCUCUCCUGUAUGGCUGAAGAUGUGAGUUUGGAGAGCAGUAUCUGACCACAGAGACCUCGUGCCCUGGGUACGCAGGACCCUGCCUAGAGCUGCGGGCAAACCGUGCUCAUGCUGUUGAGCAAACUUGACAAAAGUAAUAAAAACAAUAAGGAAGCCAAGGAGAUCAUGA